AAAUAUAUAACUCUCGAAUCCUUCCUAGUGGAUCACUUUAUUACACUAACAUCGGAGAGAGAUUAGACUUCACUAACCUUUCCGACAAAUCGGAGACAGAUCAACGAACGUUUUAAAGACGCGGGAAAAUCAUUGGGAGAAUACAAUGGCUCGUUGUGGAGGGAGAUCACUGAUCUCGUCCUUACUUCUUCUUCUGGUCGCGUUGUUAACCAUAUCACCAAGCCACGGCUUUCUUAAGACCGAGAAGAAGAUAAAAUCUGCAUCUUUCUUAUCACCAAAACUGGUGAUGAAUCCAGGAUCAGUCGCCAAUCCUUUCCUCUUCGACAUCGAUUUCCCCAGAGGUCAUAUCGGCAUCAAAGGCUUCGAUGCCGAAGUUGUUGACCAAGACGGCAACCCCGUCCCUCUACACGAGACUUAUCUUCACCACUGGGUUGUUCAACCUUACUACGUGCGCAAAGGUUUUAAGCUUUCUCAGCGAGACAUGCCUAGGAACCACGGUUUCUCCAGGCAAGAUAACGCAAGACAUCUUGGUUCGAAACCUGAUUACAUUCUUGUUAGGAAUGGUGGUCUGUGCAGGAACACAGUCAGACAUUUCUUCGGGUUAGGAUCAGAAACCCGCAAAACCUCGACGCAUGUUCCUGAUCCUUAUGCUAUCGAGAUCGAUAAUCCAGAGGAAACACCUAAUGGGUAUGAGUUCAAAUGGCUUCUCAACAUUCACGCGAUCGACACGAGGGGUGUCGUGGAUAAAUCAGGAUGCACGGAGUGCAGGUGUAAUCUGUAUAAUGUAACUAUUGAUGAGUACGGUCGUGCUAUAAAACCGGAUUACAAAGGAGGUCUUUACUGCUGCUAUGAUAAGACACAGUGUUUGGUGAGAAACGGGUUUGAUAGUGUCGAGGAGAAAACAAGAACUCUGUAUCUUAAGUAUACAGUGAGAUGGGUUGAUUGGGACAGCUCGGUGGUGCCCGCUAAGGUUUAUAUUCUCGACGUUACGGAUUCUUGGGAACCAUCACAAGGAUCAACAGGAGACAGCCAAGAACAUUUUUGCCAUGUGGAAUAUGAGGUGAAACCGUGCAAAACCAAUGGCGAUGGAUGCGUUGACGUUAAGAAGAAGAGCUUAAUGAUGCCGUUUAACGGGUAUAUUGUCUAUGGAGUAGCUCACCAGCACGCAGGUGGUAUCGGUGCUGCUCUAUACCGAGAGGACGGUGAGGGAAUUUGCACUUCGAUGACAAAGUAUGGCAAUGGAGACGAGCCUGGAAACGAAGCUGGUUAUAUCGUUGGAAUGUCGUCUUGUUAUCCUGAACCGGUGAAAGUGACUUCUGGAGAGACACUGACUUUGGAGUUCAAUUACAGUAGUGCCGUUGGUCAUACCGGAGUUAUGGGACUCUUUUACAUCCUGGUUGCUCAGCAGCUGCCUGAACCGGAGAGCUCCUUGCCUGCACUUUUCCAGGUAAACUGCUGGUUCCAGGCGCAUGAGAAAGACGUGAGCUUUCUAAGCUUUCUUGCAGCGACGGUGGUGGUGGCGGUUGUGGUUCUAAUCGCCGCUGUGGUAUACCGGAGACAGAAGCGGGAAGAUGGCUACCAAUCACUUAGCACCUAAAGAGUAAAACUAUGUUGACUACAACAGUGGAUUUUUAUAGUGUUCUUCUUUUUCCUUCUUGUAUACAAGAGAAUCAAAAUAAAAGAAUAUGUUGUUGUCCACUGAUAUUUUUGGUAAUGGUACUUCCGUGCAAGAAGUUUUCUGUAA